CCGGGGCGGAGCUGGCGUCGACUCCGGGCCGGGAGGGCGGCCGCGGGCCCCGCAGGGCGGACGCAUCGGGGGACACGGACGCGCGCGAUCAGGGCAGGCGGCGGCCCCGCGCGGGGCGGUGAGCUGCGGCCAGCGACGACGCGGAGCCCCACGCGGCGGGACGCAGAGCAGCCACAGGUUCCUGAUCCUGGACACUUGGCCUUCCACGCAGCCUGCCAUGGCGCUGUGCCUGAAACAGGUGUUUGCCAAGGAUAAGACUUUCCGGCCACGGAAGCGCUUCGAGCCGGGCACGCAGCGCUUUGAACUGUAUAAGAAGGCUCAGGCGUCACUCAAGUCCGGCCUGGACCUGCGCAGUGUGGUGCGGCUGCCGCCGGGCGAGAACAUCGACGACUGGAUCGCCGUGCACGUGGUGGACUUCUUCAACCGCAUCAACCUCAUCUAUGGCACCAUGGCCGAGCGCUGCAGCGAGAGCAGCUGCCCCGUGAUGGCCGGGGGGCCGCGCUACGAGUACCGCUGGCAGGACGAGCGCCAGUACCGGCGGCCGGCCAAGCUCUCUGCGCCCCGCUAUAUGGCCCUGCUCAUGGACUGGAUCGAGAGCCUCAUCAACGACGAGGAUGUCUUUCCUACCCGUGUUGGAGUGCCCUUCCCCAAGAACUUCCAGCAGGUCUGCACCAAGAUCUUGACUCGGCUCUUCCGUGUCUUCGUGCACGUGUACAUCCACCACUUUGACAGCAUCCUCAGCAUGGGGGCCGAGGCGCACGUCAACACCUGCUACAAACACUUCUACUACUUCAUCCGCGAGUUCAGUCUGGUGGACCAGCGGGAGCUGGAACCUCUGAGGGAGAUGACAGAGCGGAUCUGCCUCUGAGCCCAAGCAUGGAUGUUGCUGCCCGUCAAUGAACCGUCUGAGUGCAGAGUGACAAGAUGAGGGACCCUUGGGAGUCUUAUGGCUGAGAAACCAGAAGACCCUGAGACCCCUUCACACACCCGAAAGCCCCUGGACUUCUGGUUCUCAGAAGUCAACCUUCUUGUUUCUCGAGUUCUUGUGAAUGGGAAAGGGAGAGCUUAAAGGUGGGCAGACUGGAAAGGAGGAGUCAGCCCUGGGCAGGGGUGCUGGAGGAUGUCUGCUGUGAUACUUGAACCUGCCAUGGUGGUUCUCAAGGUGGUUCCCUGUUUGGGGAACAUGAUGGCAAGAAAGGCAGAAGAGAAUAAACAGCCUGCUUGAAUGAGGGUGAGGGUGUGUGUGUGUGUGUGUGUGUGUGUGUGUGUGUGUGUGUGUGUGUGUGUGUGUGUGUGUGUGAAGAGAGAGAGUUUAACUGGAGUUUGUGUGUGUGUGUGUGAAGAGAGAGAGAGUUUAACUGGAGUUUGUGUGUGUGUGUGUGUGUGUGUGUGUGUGUGUGUGUGUGUGUGUGUGUGGAGAGAGAGAGACAGAGAGAGAGAGACAGAGAGAGAGAGACAGAGAGAGAGAGACAGAGAGAGAGAGAGAGAGAGAGUUUAACUGGAGUUUAGCUGUGAGAGCCAGCGGCCUUCGCCCCUCUAGUACAUGGUAGCAUGUCCAUACAUGUUAGGUAGCUGGAUGGUUGGAAAGGAGGGAGGGGGGUGGGAUAUGACCAUCAGACCAUGAACACUGCAGGAGUGGUGGCAUGUCAGUGUCCCGCUGGUGUUUCACCAUGUGUGUAAGUGCUCAAGAUGUGCUUGUAGAUGUAUCACUGGCCAUCAGCAUAAGUACAGGGAGAUGAGGGUGGGAUGGGGGAGUAUUGCCUAAGUACUUAACCCCUUGGCUCACAAUAGAUACAUGUUCUAUUGUUGUGCUCAGACAGAAAAGCCCAAGAGCUGUCAUUUCACACUGCUCUCUCCCUGGAAAGACCCCCCUGGGCUUGGGGGCAGUCCCUCCUACCUACAGGGUACUGCAGUCCUUAAAUUGGAAAUCAUAUGCUCCACUCUGCCUCCCAAAAUCUGUAGGUUUGACUCCCAGGAUCUGAAACCCAACACCAAUACCUCCAUCCCAAGAAACUAGUGGAACUUGAAUUGGGAAACUCUAUUAUCUCUCCCAUUCCAGUAUAUUAAAAGACCAGAUUCCUAGUAACUGGACUCUUGCGGGUAUGGAGACCCCUUUUCCAGCAAGUGCCUGCUACUUUCUCAGCCAUCCCUGAGACAUUUUCUCUGGUGGAUCUCAGAGCGUGGGGUCACUGGGAUGUUCAUUCAACACCCCAUAUCCAGCCCUUUGCUCUGAUUCACAGGUGGAGAAUCGGAGGCAGGUACAGGGCCCUCCUGUUCCAGAAUGAACCUCUGUGUUGGGAGGCGGGGCCUGAGGACCACCUAGUCUACUCAAAAGGCUCAUCCACAUGCAUAAGAGGAAAGUGAAAUCAGAAGAGGGAGAAAGUCUAAGACUCCCCGCAAGGCUUAUGUGGGGCUAGAAUGGGCCUCAGUUCCCACUCUGGGGAUAGUCAGGUGCUACAUGGGGGAUGAAAGACACGUGGAGAUAGGGUUAACUUUCCAGCUGUUUCUGUGGGAGCACCAGAGUGCUCCACCCCCCCUCAACACAGAUGGGGUUUCUGCUGAACCUGGCCUCUCCCUAGCCCAGUAGCUGCUGGCUCUCUGUGGAAGCUGAUGGGAGUCCUAAGGAGCCAACUGGACCUGAGGUGACUUCUUGAGGACAAGUUCCCCAGGGGAACACAACAGCACAGCAGCUUGGCCAGAGGCUCUGGAAUGAGGUGCUCAGAGGUCCCCAGGGUGGUCUCUGGGUUGGAUCUAGGCUGUGGUCGGUGCUAAUUGGGAGGGGAGUGGGAGGAGGGGAAUAUAUUUUUGUGAA